UCAUCAGGCCGUUUCCUGAAGCCAUUUCUAGACGGGGGAAACGAGAGUCGCGCUACUUUUUAAUCCGUUGCAUCUGCCUAAAUGCACCUUCUUAAGGAAAAAUACUUUAGAAAAGUCGAUGAAUCAGACUCUCAUCUUUACUUCGGUCUGAUUAUUUUUGUAACUAUUGCGGCGGAUUAAUAGCCAUACGGGCUUAAAAGUACAGAGACAAGAAAGGGGUUACCCCGAAUACGCAAGAUGAGAAGAGGGAUCUCCUCGGCUCCGGACAAAGUGAUUUUAGCGGGGGUUGGGGGCUCUUCUCUGGACAACAAUAUCAUUUUAACAACUCUCUCGGAUCGUUUAAACCCUGGUCAAUCCAACGCUACGUUUAUCCAAAUAAUAACCACCCCACCGCCUUGCAACGUUACACAGACAUCAAAUGUGUGUUUAUCCGAACCUCAGAUAAACAACAUUUACACAACUCCACAACAAGCUGCAGCAAACGGAGCAGGACAACGACCCGCUCUGGGGAGACCGCCGGCUAAAAGGCGGUUGGCGCUCGAUGAUUCAGACCACCAGUACCAAUCGGAACCAGUCAGGACUCCAAGAGGCAGAGGCGGGGCCGCGGCGGCCAAUGGGGCAAGGCUAAAGACACCCAGAACGCCUAAGUCUCCACCAGAGAAGACUCGCUAUGACACCUCCCUGGGCCUGUUAACAAAGAAGUUUGUGGAUCUUCUUGCUCAAUCUUCUGAUGGCGUUUUGGACCUCAACCUCGCUGCUGAAACCUUACAGGUGCAGAAAAGGCGCCUGUAUGAUAUCACCAAUGUCCUAGAAGGCAUUCACCUCAUCAAGAAGAAAUCAAAGAACAACAUUCAGUGGAUGGGCUGUAGUCUGUUGGAGGUAGAGGGGGCACUGAGCCAGAGACAGAGACUUACAGCGGAGGUUUCUGCGCUGGGAGAAGAAGAACAGAGACUUGAACAACUUAUCCAGAGAUGCAGCCUGGAUAUGAGACACAUGAGCGAGUUGCCAAGCAACCAGAAAUAUGCCUAUGUAACGUACCAAGACAUCAAACAGCUGGGAAACCUCAGGGACCAGACUGUUAUUGUCGUCAAAGCGCCCACAGACACCAAACUAGAAGUACCAGACCCUGAUGAGAGUUUGUCCAUCCAUCUGACCAGUUCUAAGGGUCCUAUUGAAGUCCUUCUGUGCCCAGAUGAAGAGAAUGACCCCAGGAGUCCUGUAAAAAAUGGCAACAUGGACAUAAAUGGGAACUCGCCUUUCCUCAAAGUCCUUCAAGAUCCCAGCUGCACAGCCACUUCUCUGAGCCCCUGCCUGGUUCCACCUUCCUCUUCCUCAGCUGUUUCCGUCACUACUCUCUCGCCCAUCUCGUCUCCUUACACCAGUCUUCUCCAGCAGACAGAAGACCAGAUCCCCUCAGCCCUGGGGCCUUUCUUAAACCUUGGACCUCCUCUUCUGGACCAAGAUGACUACCUUUUAGGUUUGGGAGAUGACCAGGGAAUCAGCGACUUGUUUGAUGCCUGUGACUUUGAUAAAAUGCCGUCUCUUGGCCUGGAUGAUCUCCUUUGCAGCUAGCAUUAGGUAAUAGAAAUUCAGAUUAAGUGCAUGGGACAGACAUGGAGAAUCAGUGAGGGUCUUGAUGCCUGUGACUGACUUUGUAGUUAGUUGAAGCCAAUUCUAAAUAGAUGGAAAGGAAACAUUGAGGGCUUUUUCAGUCCCAAUGGGACUACAUGCCAUUUUCUUUCAUGGUGUGAGAGCUAAAUGGUCUUGCAUGAUUUCACACAGACACGUCUUCAGUGUGAAGAAGUAUCCAUUACUCUUUGUCUCAGGCUAUGUACGGCCUCCAGUGUAGCUGGACUUUUGGGACAUCUAAAAGCCUUUGCCGUCUGUUUGGUCAAGUAUAAGCGGUGUGUGAUGCAAGGUUUACGUCACUGUAUAGCGAGACUAACAAAGACAGAACUGCUUGAAGGGAAACACCACCACACCACCUGGCAUUAACACACAUAUCAUGGGUGAUUGGGUUGGGUUUAGUAUGCAAACCAUGGUCACCCAAAGCCAUCAGUAGAAUGCUCAACAAUGGGGAAAGAGCUCAAGAGCAAAAAAAAAAAAAAAAAGGUUACUUUUUAAAUCUUAAAUAAUCUAAUGCAAAUAUUUUAUUUGAUGGGCCUGUAAAUUUGUGUUUUGUGUCUAUGUUCAUCCAGUUAACCCAUCCUUAGACAUAUCCUAGAGUUUUAACGUGUUAAUGCCAAGUGCUGUGGGGGCUGAGAGACAUUCUCAAUGAUUGCAUUCUAUUACACCAAUGAUCUGUGAUUGAAGGCUCAUAAUGCUGGCUGUUAGUCUGUUCAAAUGUAGAAAAUUUUAGAAAUUAAAAUGAAUAUAAAAAGAAAACAGGGAAAUUUGGUGCACAGCAUUCAUGACUACAGUUAUUUUACAGUAAGGACACUUGUCAGGGUACCUUUUGUGCUAUUUGGGCUUAUAAUCAUAAAGUUAGUAAGAGUAUGAGUAUUUUUUUGUACAUUUUAGGUCCGAGCUGCAUGGAAGUCCAUAUACUGUUUUGGAGUGCACAUGACAUAAUUAUCCAAUUAUAAAGGAAGUGUACAACAUAUUUACAGUAUGCCUUAUGAUCCCCUGCACACAAUUAGUUGUCUCUUGCACUAUUUCCUCCAUUUUUGGAGGAUAGGUGAAAUUUAUAAUGUUCAUGAUAUCAACCAAUAGUCAUACUCUUAUUCAUACUUUGUGAAUUCAGGACCCAAACUUCCCCUUUCUUGCUGCUUUUUGCCUAUCCCCGCCAUCUUCAUCAGCAGAAGCUGCCAUAACCAAACUUCCCCUAAUGCCUCCUCACUUAGACUGUGUGCUGUGAAAUUAUACUGUGUGGUUUGAGCUAAUUGGGAAAAAAAUACUUUGAACCACUUAUGCACACUGCCUUCCAUGUGUGUACUGUAGGAGACAGGAUAGGCACGGAAUAGUCUUUUUAGGAUUAAUGAGUGUUGAAUUUUAAUUGAUUUUUAAUACUGUAGAAAUAAGUGAUGAUAUCACGGUCACCUAAGCAACAAGAGGCCAGAUAGCCACUCAUUUAGGCUUUAGUAUGUAAUGAAAGGGCUUUUUUCCUCUAGGAUAAUUAAAGGCUGAGAAAAAGGAAAAAAAGUCAAAUAGACCUGUUUUGUAAUUGGGGCAAAUUCAGUGCAACCAAGCCAUGUUUCAUACUGGGGCUGGUAACACUGUCAUGUGUUGUUUUGUUAGAGCUACAGCAUCCUCAAACAGUGGUUAAUCAAGAAAAGCCAGGUAGAGAGACUGGGUGAACUAAGAGCUGUAGGAUUAUGAUUUUGUUUUCCUCUCUAGGUAUUUGAAUCUGCUGUUGACUCAAAAUAGCUUCUUCUGUCCGAUUACAUCCCUGAUAACAAAAUGCAAACAUCUUGUCUGAAACCCUGUCUUUUAAACUAGAAGAACCUGCGGCCGCAGGUAAUAUUGCUGCUGUUAGUGUUAACUUUUCCUCAAUCUGAUUGAUGUGCGCUUGAGUAAUAACGUGUGCAGCAUGUGUGAGUUAUGUUAGAGAUCAAGCUUGCUAAAGAGUAAGCCUGCCAUGUGUAAAUUGAUGUACAGUUUUCUAAAUUUUUCAGUGCACAAGGUACUGUAGGCUACCUCCCACUUAAUGUUGGACAUUAGUAAUAGGGCAUAGAGGUUAAUGCCAUAGUGUGUAUGAGUUUUUGAAAUUCCCUUUUGUCAUAAAAAAAAAUGACCCUUGGAUUAUUUCGAGGUGAUGUUGGAUAUUACAUCACACUUUCUCUUUUGGUGAGUGCGAGAUCCCACUCAUGCCCCGAUAUAAUAAUGAGUAUGCUUUUGCUCUUAAACCAGUCUCAUGCAUCUUUGAAUAAUGGGGCGCACAUUUAAUGGAUGGAAAAGCAGACAAAUGUAUUGCAAUAUAUUUUUGGGUUUUGUUUUUUCAAUAUUUUCUGUAAGUUAUUUAGUUCGUUUGUCAGUGUUUUUUUUUUUUUUUUGUAAUGCAGAGUUUCCCUUAGACCCAAAACGUAGUACACAUUUAAUAAUGCAUGCAUGCAGUCAUUCAUUCACAGCCUAUCUGCCCUUUACUGUUCAUUAGUCAAAUUGCUAUGUCUGUAUACACCUCUGAACCAGGAUCAGUGGUUUGUGUCCUCUGUUGAAGUGUGUAGGGGGCUUUGCUUCUGUGACACUGUGUGUCCGUUUUAUUUUUGGAAUGUGAUGAGGGAGUCUGUCCCGCUUUUCUUUCCUUAUUUUGUUUUUUUUUAAUGCAUUUCUGCCAAUUUCACUUUGAUGGAGAGUAUUGAAGCGUGUUAAAACAGCAUUUGACUUUGCAAAACCAAAACUCAAUUGUUAAUCUGAACUUCACACAUUAAAAACAUACAGUUUCUUGAUCAACCUAACUUAGCUUGAUAAGUGCUGCUAUCAUAAGUGAACUUAAUUUGACUUAAAUGCACAGCAAUUCUCUGAUUCACACAGUUUCCCUCUGGGCAUAUUUAUACCAGUGUAUUUUAUAUGUAUUUAUGGAACAGUCGAGCUCAAUAUUUUUCCCCAUUUGGUUCACGAACUACAGUUGUGCUAUUUUGUAAGAUCAUUGACAUAGGUAAUUAUAUUUUCCUCCAUCUAUUUCAAGCGACCAGAAUCUGGUCACACUAUUUUAUCCACUUUUACAUGAUGGAAAUGUGGUUUUUGGAAAGAUUGUACCUUUCCAUGAGUUUGUAAUGGAGUGUGAAAGAUUUUAAUGCAUCGCUAAAGCUAGUGUAAUUGCCAGUGAGUCUGAAAAUGUAUUGGGUAAAAUUACAGCUCCUUCUAAUGUGUGAUUCUGAUGUGUGAUUAGACCUUACAGAAAGUUAUCAUUAGGCUAAAUGUGGUGUUAACUAUAGUCAAGAUUGAAACAGCACUGUCUUUCCUGCUAUUUUCCUAUGGUUAUACUUAAGCUGUCACCAAAUACAAUAUACUGAUCAGUAAAUAUUCUUUAAAGGUUAUGUGAAAAGUUAACUAUUUGAUAGGAAAUAAUUGACUGUAAAAUUAUAAUAUUGCUGCCUGUUUCCACUAAUUACAGAAAAAAGAGCUGUAAUAUCACUUUUUUGCAAUUUGAACGCAUGGGUGAAAGUAUCAGUGUGCUGUUGAAUGUUUAAGGUAAACUAAUGUGAUGAUUUUUGAUGAGUGGUCAAUUAUACAAGUUUCUUUAACAUUUGUUAAAGAGGU